GUUUGGAGGCUGCGAUGAUAAUGCUGCUUGUCUUUGGAAUGUUGCUUCAUGACCUCCCACUGAGUCGCCCCCAGGAGGCUUCACCCCAGGUGGGGGCCGAGGGCGCCCAGGGCAGGCCUGGGUUUGACUACGCCAGCAUCCGCCUGCCGGAGGAGCACAUCCCCUUCUUUUUGCACAAUAAUGGGCAUGUUGCCAGCGUCUGUAAGAAAGACCCACACUGUCCUUAUAAGAAACACUUAGAAAACCUGAAGUACUGCUGGGGCUAUGAGGAAUCCUGCAGACCCGAGUUCCGGUUCAGCUACCCUGUCUGCACCUACGUGGACAUGGGAUGGACGGAUACCCUGGAAUCAGCCCGGGACACGUUCUGGGAGCAAGCGGACUUCGGCUACGCAGGCGCGAGGCGGCGGGAGCUGCGGGAGCUCUGCCGGCCCGAGCAGACGAGUGACUCGAGUCUGGUAUGUUCCCGCUACCUUCAGUAUUGCAGAGCAACCAAUCUCUACCUUGACUUAAGAAACAUCAAGAGAAACCAUGACAGGUUUCAGGAGGAUGUUUUCCAGACUGGUGAAAUUGGAGGACACUGUAAGCUUGAUGUGCAUACAUUGAUGUCUGAAGGUCAGCGCAAAAGCCCCCUGCAGUCUUGGUUCGCUGAGCUCCAGAGCUACACUCAGCUCAACUUCAGACCAAUAGAAGACGCUAAAUGUGACAUUGUGGUUGAGAAACCAGCCUACUUCAUGAAAUUGGAUGCAGGUGUUAACAUGUAUCACCACUUCUGCGACUUCCUGAACCUGUACCUCACUCAGCACGUGAACAACUCCUUCAGCACCGACGUGUACGUCGUGAUGUGGGACACGAGCACCUAUGGCUACGGGGACCUCUUCUCUGACACGUGGAAGGCAUUUACGGAUUAUGACGUGAUUCAUCUGAAAACCUAUGACUCCAAAAGGGUGUGUUUUAAAGAAGCGGUUUUUUCACUGCUCCCCCGGAUGAGAUACGGGCUCUUCUAUAACACCCCUCUGAUUUCUGGCUGCCACAGUACCGGGCUGUUCCGGGCGUUUUCCCAGCAUGUGCUACACAGACUGAACAUCACACAGGAGGGACCCAAGGAUGGAAAAAUUAGAGUCACCAUUCUUGCACGGAGCACAGAGUACCGGAAAAUACUCAACCAAAAUGAGCUCGUGAAUGCAUUGAAAACGGUCUCCACAUUUGAAGUCCAGAUCGUCGAUUACAAAUAUAAGGAACUUGGGUUUUUAGAUCAGCUAAGGAUCACCCAUAACACGGAUAUAUUUAUUGGAAUGCAUGGAGCUGGUCUUACCCAUUUACUUUUCCUUCCGGACUGGGCUGCUGUAUUUGAACUGUACAACUGUGGAGACCAGCGCUGCUACCUGGACCUGGCCCGGCUCCGCGGCGUCCACUACGUCACCUGGCGCAGGCAGAACAAAGUCUUUCCUCAGGACAAGGGCCACCACCCCACUCUGGGGGAACAUCCGAAGUUUACCAACUACUCCUUCGACGUCGAAGAGUUUAUGGACCUUGUCCUGCAGGCUGCAGAGCACGUAUCGCGACACCCGAAGUGGCCGUGGAGGAGCAGACGAGACGAGCUGUGACUGCGGCUGUCUGCAGGGGCCGAGGUGGACGCCCUCCAGCCCCUCAGACCGGCCUCAGGGCUCUACCUGUGGGCUUCAUACUGUUUCGUGUGACGUUUGUGUCACUGCUUUUUGUCAGAUCCUCUUCUUGCACUGAAAUGACUUUUUGAGUUCAAAAACUGGCCAUGGCUCGCCGAGGAUUGAGCUUUCUUUUUGGGGAUCCAAGCACUCAACUUUCUCAGUGUCAGGAUCUGUAACUGGUUCUGUGGGCACCUCAGGGUGGUUCAUUCUAGAGGCUCCACCUGGUUAUGAUGUCGGAGUAAAUUCACCAUGGCCUUUA